GCAGUGGAUUUGUGCGAAAUUCCUGUUCAAGCCUCAGGUGGGACUGAACACAUUUGUGCUCCUGCUGCCUGUUCCACAAGGAGUCCAGCAAGGAAAGCUCUCCCUGGGCACAAAUGGAGCUCUCCCCACGGAUAUCUUCUCUUUCUUCACUUUCUGAACAGCCCUGCACUCACAGCUUGCCACUUCAGUUGUAGAAAUCUGAAAUGCACGUUUGGAAAUCUGAAAUAGUUGCUCUGCAAAGAAUAUUUUCCAUGGAACGGUCUACAAGUGAGAGUGGAAGCUGCUGGAAUUCAGAAGUUGCCCUUCCUUCUCCUCUUGAAGAUAUGAUUUCCAGGAAAGUGCUGCUGGGAUCUCUUGUCUGCCUGGCUGGUGUUGCUGCAGUUUUCUGGGCUGUAGCUGGGAGUGGAAAAGUGCACUACCUGCCUUACUACCUUCCCUGCCCUGAAAUCUUCUCCAUGAAACUCCAAUAUACAGAAGAGAAGCCAAUCCAGCUUUUCCCCCAAUUAUUUUAUCAGCAGCCAAGAGUGCUGGCGCCAAAGCGCCAGGAUGUGCUGACAGUCACACCAUGGCUGGCCCCCAUCAUCUGGGAAGGGACCUUUGAUCCUGAGAUCCUGGACAGUGCCUACAGACCCCUGAACCUCACCAUUGGGGUGACAGCCUUUGCUGUUGGAAAGUACACCAGGUUUGUGCCUCGCUUCCUGCAGUCGGCGGAGCAGCACUUCCUGCAGGGCUACCGGGUGAACUAUUACAUCUUCACUGACAGCCCCCAGAGCAUCCCCCGGCUGCAGCUGGGGCCGGGGCGCAGGCUCCUCACCGUCCCCGUGCACAAAUCCUCCAGCUGGCAGGAGAUCUCCAUGCGCAGGAUGGAGGCCAUCAACCGGCACGUGGCCACGCGGAGCCACGGCGAGGUGCACUACCUCUUCUGCCUGGACAUCGACAUGGUGUUCCACAACCCCUGGGGCCCCGAGAGCCUGGGGGACACGGUGGCAGCCAUCCACCCCGGCUACUUCGACGUGCCACGAGAGCAGUUCCCUUAUGAGAGGAGGAGCUCCUCAGCAGCCUUCAUCCCCGAGGGAGAAGGGGAUUUCUACUACGGAGGGGCCGUGUUUGGAGGCUCGGUCAAGAAGGUCUACGAGCUCACCAAGAUGUGCCACAUGGCCAUCCUGGCAGACAAAGCCAACGGGAUCAUGGCAGCCUGGCAGGAGGAGAGUCACCUCAACAGGCACUUCUUGUCCCACAAACCCUCCAAGCUGCUUUCUCCUGAGUAUAUAUGGGAUGACAGGAAGCCAAAGCCCCCCGAAAUCCACCUCAUACGUUUUUCCACGGUGAAUAAGAACUACAAAGAGGUCCGAAACUGAUCAUCCCUGCAGAGAGAUCCUCCAUGCAACCAAACCCACCAAAAUUAGCUCCU